UUUUGUUCAACGAGAGAUGGAAGAACAAUCUAGAACAGGCUUCAUUCACUCAUUUCAACUGUAAACAUCUUUCAGUCAAGAUUGUUUCAGGCCUAUUACAAUUUUUAAAUAACUAGAUCAAGUAAUCAUUUGUUUACAAUAUUAAUCAAGGUUUUUUCCCACAGUUUUGUCUAGUAAUCAUUUAGUAAACAAUCGAUUGAUGGAAGGCUAACACAGCAAAGAUCCACAUGAUUUUCUGAUCUCCUUCUUUCUAUAUUAUUUUCGCAGUUGCUUUUGUGAUUUUUUGUGGUGUUAUUCCUGCGAAAACUUCAACCAAUAACCAGUUAACUCUCUUAAGGACGACUUCUUCUUGCACAAACAAUCUUCAUUUCAUUUCUUCCAUUGAUGGUCAAACCUCUAUAUUCAAGUUUGCUUUUAAAUUGAAUUUACUUGUCCUUCUAAUUCUUUCUGGUUCUAGACAUUCAAAUAAAAUCACCCUGUCUGAAUUACAUAACCAGCCUGAAACAUACCAUCACGAUGAUAACCGACAAAGAUUCAUCAGAGAAAUAUCUUUGGCAAAAUAAAUCGAUUACUAGUGGUGAAUCAAACAGCUUCCGAAAGAAGAGUAUUGCUCGUCUAAAAGAGUUUCAAGAAAAAGUGAAAACUGAAGUGAAACAAAUCGAAAUAAACAGUAAAAAAAAUAAAUCCAAUAUCCAUUGUAAUGACGAAUUUAUCUAUGAAAAAUCAAAACAAAUGAACGGAGGAUGGGUGUUAUCUAGUCACCAAAUGCAAUUCAUUUCCAAAUAUCCAUACAUUUACUGUGCUGCUGCUGGAUCUGUUCUUGAGUUGUUCUGUCUCCAAAGGUUUUGGACCAGUCUUGCUCGCUUUAUUCCAAAAUUUGUUGCUCCAUCUUUAAUAACAUUCAUUGGUCUGGCUAUCAAUGUUAUUGUUUCCCUUAAUGCACUUUACCUCGCUCCUCAGCUUAAAGAAGAAAUUUCAUCUUGGACAUUUGUUUUAUGUGCCAUCGGAACUUUCCUUUAUCAAACUUUGGAUGCUCUUGACGGUAAACAAUCUGCCAAAGUUCAGAAUUCCCAAAUUGAAGAGUUAACUGAUCAUGGAUGUGAUGCCGUAUCAACUAUAUUUGUAACCAUCGGGACUGCUGCUGCCUUUCAACUAGGAUAUCAUCCUUACUUAUUGUACUUAUUUUCCAUGAUAACUCUUGUAGCUUUCUUUUCUACCCAUUGGCUUGCUCAUACCACGCAUUGUAUGAUAUUUAAAAAGAUUGACGUAAGUGAAGCUCAAUGGGCUAUGAUAAUUACUCACGGACUAACUGCUUAUGGAGGUCAAAAAAUAUGGCGAUACCACAUUUUAUCUUUACUCGGUCUUGAUAUCACACUUACUCAUGUUAUAGCAGUUUUAACUAUCGCGUCUCUCAUCAAUGUUAUUUAUGACAAUUUCAACAUGUCUGUCUUUGGAAAGCAAACUCCAUUAGAAGAAUGUGGUAUAAAAAUUCCACGCCGAAAAAGUCAAGCAAUUUACAACCCACUCUAUCCUCUGGCUCUCUUGCUAUUCCUUUCUUGGGUUAACUACAUGUCUGGUCUAUUUGUACUAAAUCCAGCCGCGUUCAUCAUGGUCUAUGGAUUUGCUUUCGCUAAACUUGUCAAUUCUCUUGUUAUGGUCAACGUUUCUCGAGGAGAAAUGGACAAGUGGGACUCAAGCUUAGUAGCUCCUCUUCUCUUGACGAUUAACCAAUCAUUUAUUGGUUUGAUUCACCCGUACACUGCGUUACUUUGCGCUCUAGUCUACUCAAUUAUGGACUUUGCUCGUUAUUUCACAUAUUCUUGUUGGGACCUUACUAAUGCUUUAGAUUGUUACAUUUUCUCAAUUAAAUAUCCUGUUGGUCACAAAAAAUGGCGUGGUGGCAAUGAAGGAUUUUACAUAAAUGGAUUGAACAAUGAAAGCGUCCUCAAAGCUUGGAAGAAAUUUGAAGAAGAAGAGAAAGACGGACUGAUGAAAGAGUUAUUCUGCAGUGAUUAGAUUGUUAGAGCAAUUAAUUGUAGACAUCACUCUCAGUUCGAAAAAAGUUUAUUUUUCCUAAGCUCGGAUUAUCUCAGCUUCCUGUUAUCAAUUUCAAAUCAGUCAAUUUGUCCUUGUUUCUGUUUGUUGACUCUGAUGGCUGUUAGUUAUAAAUAAUAAUCCCCUGUACACUAAAUUGCCGAAAUGGUUUGUAUGCAUAAUUUAAUUUGUGAUAAACUAUCAAGUCGAAGAUCAACCAAACCUCGAUUGGAUCGAUGCUGAAUUUGGAAGCGUUUUUGGCCAACACAUCGAGGAACUAAAAGGAACUUUGAUGAUUGACAAUUUUCACCCGGUUGACUAUAAUUAGAUUGAGCAAUAUUGCAUGGUUCACACUUAUUUGUGAAAAAUAUUUACUCAUAUGUUUCCACAUUAUUAUGUUUAAUGUACCAAACUUACACACGAAGCCUUGGUUCAAGCUAUUUUACUGGUGAUCAUUGUAAAUAUCUGCCCAUUCAUCAUAAUUAGCCUGAAAAAUUCUAAGAACCUCAAUUUUAAUUUAUUUCUCCUUUUAAACCAAAAAUUCAAGUCAAGAUUUUGUUUUCUUUUACAAUGAUAUUCUCAAAACCCAACUGAAUGUAAACUGAUUAAACAAAUAAAGCUGUCCAGUAUUGUUAAUAUUAAA